AUGUCGGCAUCUGAUUCUAGUGCAGCGCUUCUCAGCGCCAAGGGUUCAGCUGAUUCCUACACGAGUAGACCCUCGGACUCCGACCUGUCCCUGGAGGAGGAUAAGGAGGCGUCUCGGCGGGAAGCCGAGCGCCAGGCCGUGCUGCAGCUGGAAAGAGCCAAGUCCAAACCUGUGGCUUUUGCAGUGAAAACUAAUGUGAGCUACUGCGGAGCUCUCGAUGAGGACUGUCCUGUGCAGGGCGCUGCCAUCAACUUUGAAGCCAAAGACUUUCUCCAUAUCAAAGAGAAGUACAAUAAUGACUGGUGGAUCGGACGGCUGGUAAAGGAAGGGGCUGACAUCAGCUUCAUCCCGAGCCCAGCCAAACUGGAGGCCAUGCGUCUCAAACAGGAGCUGAAAGCUGCACAGAGGAAAGCAGGAGGGAAUGCACAGUCAGGAGGCUGGAGGUCAACUCCUCCUUCAUCCGCCAAACAGAAGCAAAAGCAGACUGAGCAUGUUCCACCAUAUGAUGUCGUACCCUCCAUGAGGCCGGUUGUGCUGGUCGGACCCUCACUGAAAGGCUAUGAGGUGACAGAUAUGAUGCAGAAAGCACUGUUUGACUUCCUAAAGCACAGAUUUGAUGGAAGAAUCUCUAUCACGCGAGUGACUGCAGAUCUGUCUUUGGCUAAAAGGUCUGUGCUCAAUAAGAAAGCCAUUGUUGAGCGAUCCAACACACGUUCCAGCUUAGCUGAGGUGCAGAGUGAGAUAGAGAGGAUAUUUGAGCUGGCAAAGUCCUUGCAGUUAGUGGUACUGGACGCAGACACCAUUAACCACCCAGCACAACUGACAAAGACAUCCCUCGCUCCCAUCAUCGUGUAUGUCAAAGUGUCGUCACCAAAGGUACUCCAAAGACUUAUCAAGUCAAGGGGAAAGUCUCAAAGCAAACACCUAAAUGUACAGAUGAUGGCAGGAGAUAAACUCGCCCAGUGUCCACCAGAAAUGUUCGAUGUUAUCCUGGAUGAGAAUCAGCUGGAGGAUGCAUGUGAGCACUUGGCUGAGUACCUGGACAUCUACUGGCGUGCGACUCACCUGCCAGGCUCCGCCCCUGCAAACCCCCUAUUGGAGCAAAAGGUUGUAACUCCACCCUCAGGCAACUCCAGCCAACAGUUCUCUGAGACACAGGAAUUGAUUGAAUGAACGCUGUCCAAGCUCUGG